AUGGCAACAUCAACCGAUUACAAUCAAGAAAUAUCUAAAAUUAAUAGUGAAAAUAAUCAAAAUACAAUCGAUGAAGAUGAAGAAGCAAAACAUUUUCAAAAAGUAAUUGGUGCAUUUCUAUACUACAAAACAUUGGCUCGAAAUCGUAUCCGUCGUGCAUUCUAUUCAUAUAGUCGAUUACCCGAAGCACAUAAGCGAAUUGUACCUAAAUAUGAAACUUUUCUUAGUCAAUUACUUAAAUGUAUCGAUCAAAAUGAUUUAAUUAUUCGACAAAUACUCAGUGGCUGCGAACAUUUAUUCAAUAAUUAUUCAAUGCCUUCAAGUUAUAAUAAUACAAAUCAUAUGUCAAUUGAACAAGAUUCAUUGCCGCCUCCAUCUGGUGUGACAACAAUGGAUAUGGAUAAAGUGAAAACAACAAUAAAACAAUUUGUUCGCGAUUGGAGUAAAGAUGGUGAACAGGAACGACUGGUUUGCUAUACACCAAUUAUUGAUGAAGUUAAACGACGUUUUCCAAUUGUUCCUACGAUGAAUGAAGAUGGUUCAAUAAAUAAUCUUUCGUCUAUUCAAAUUCUUGUUCCUGGUGCUGGUCUUGGCCGUCUUAGCUGGGAAUUUGCUCGACUUGGCUAUGCAUGUCAAGGCAAUGAAGUUAGUUUAUAUAUGCUAAUUGCAUCACAUUUUGUACUGAACAAAUGUUCACAAAUUAAUACUCAUACAAUCCAUCCAUGGAUACUAAAUUUUUGUAAUAAUAUGUCUAAUGAAGAUCAAUUACGUGCUGUUCAAUUUCCUGAUGUUAACACAGCUACUUUACCAUCUAAUUCUCGAUUUAGUAUGUCAGCAGGUGACUUUCUUCAAGUAUAUAAUGAAUCAAAUGAUUGGGAUUGUGUUACAACAUGUUUUUUUAUUGAUACAGCUCAUAAUAUUAUUGAAUAUGUUGAACGAUUGUGGAAGAUUCUUAAACCAGGUGGUGUAUGGAUUAAUUUUGGACCAUUACUUUAUCAUUUCGAAGAUAUUCCAAAUGAAAUGUCAUUUGAAUUAAGUUAUACCGAUUUACGAACAGUUAUUCUUAGUUAUGGUUUUCAAAUAGAGGUAGAAACAUUACCUAUUCGAGCAGGCUACAUUAAAAAUGACCGGUCCAUGCUUCAUUAUGAAUAUGAUUGUGUUUUCUUUGUUGCAGUGAAACCUUAA